AGCUGCACACCACAUUAUAUUUGUCUCAUUUUCACACUCUUUAGUACACUUCUGAAGCUAAGCUCAGCUCUGUUGAAGGAGCUAAAGAGCAAGAAGAGGAGUUUUUCUAACAAUGGAGAAAGCUUUAACUAAAGUUGGGAGCAUUAAAGUUGGAAGCUUUUGGCUAACCAAGAAAGCUAAAGAAGAAUUCAGCAAUAUCUCUGGAGAUAUCAAUAGCAUCUCAAGUACCCUUGAAGAGAAGGCGAAGUGGAUCUUUAACAAGUUAAAAGGAACGCCUAUGAAGAGUUUGCCAGAUCUUCUACGAGAACACAAUCUCCCAACUGGCCUUUUCCCUCAGAACAUAACUAGUUUUGAAUUAGACGACUCCAAAUCAAAGCUGACCAUUUACCUUCCCUCACCAUGUGAGAUCACCUUCAAGGACGGCACUUUGGUUAGGUACGCUACGAGGGUGAAAUGCAUUUUACUAAGAGACAAGCUUAUAGGCAUAGAAGGAAUGAAGACCAAAGUCUUAGUAUGGGUGAAGAUCACAAAUGUGUCUGUUGAAGGCUACAAGUCAGAGAAGGUUUGGUUUACUGCAGGUGUAAAGAAAUCAAGGCCAAGGGAAGCUUAUGACAUUCCUCGCGACGCAAUUAGAAUUAAAGAGUUUUGAGAGUUGGAUUAGUCAUACAAGAAUGAAUCCUCAACAAUCAAAAGAUUUUUGAGUAGGCUAUGUUUUGGUGGUUUCUUGCUCACUUCUCGUCGUAGCAGAAUCGCUCCAAGAAACACUUCCGGAAAUGGAUAUAUUGAAACAUGUUACAAGUCAUCAAACAUGGAAAAUGCAAAAUGCUUUUUAGCAAUUUAGUGUACUCAACUAAAUUGUAAUUGUAGCUGUAUGGCUAGAGGUCUAGUAUAUUUUUCUGGAAUUGCUACUGGAACCUUGAAAUAAUAUUUAUGGCUUAUAUUUGAAGAAACAUAUUCAGUUGCCUCAUGUUAUGGGA